GAUCGUGCCACAUUUUGUGACUGGCCAGCGUGUGGUGCGCACACACUCAGUAUUCAGUGCAACGAUUCUUCUCUCUGACAUGCACCAAAGAUGAGCCGCUUUGUGAGUUUGUUAACGUUUCUCGCGCUGUGCGCCACCUUGGCCGGCAGCCAGCAGCAGGACACGGGCGAGACGACCACUGCUGCCUCGGAGGAGGCUGCGCGCGGUCUGGCAAGCAGCUAUGAGCCGGAAGAUAGGCCGACGCAGCGGAGGAACUCCCACAUCUACAUGGGCAUCUAUAAGAACUACAAGAGUACCUAUCUGGGCAAUAAGACGACCAGCGAGUAUCGGAAGCGAUUGCGUGAGCGAGUGAGUGCUGCGCACCUAGCCAACAAUGAGGCGAUUGAGGAGCCGGCCACUGAGGGAGAUGAGUACCUGGUGCAGCGACAGCAGCAGGAGGUGGCCAUCGAUGAUGCACUGGCGCAGGAGCUGCGCAACGAGGCGAAUGCCGAGGCGCUGCUGGAGGCACAGACCGAUGCACCCGUCUAUGAUGAGAACGAGACGGCGGCGGGCAAGAAGCGGCGCAAGCGCAAACGCAAGAACCGUAACAAUGUAAAGAAACUGGAUGAGCAGCUCCCGGAGGCAGAGACCGAGUUGGAUGAGGAGCCCAACGAGGAGGCGGACAACGUGGAGCGCUACCAUGUGGGACCCGGUCUCAAUGUCAGCCUCGACAUGAGCAACGAUAUCGUGCGCGUGAAACUCGACGGCGAGAACUUAAAGGAGAUACUCGCCGCGCGCUGGCUGACCGCGGAUAACAGCGAAGAAGGUCGCGGCAAGAAGUAUGAUAUGAUGACCAAAGUGUUGCCGCUGUUCAUCUUACCUUUUCUCAUCCAAUCGGCGAUUGUGCCGUUCCUGGUUACCAAGCUGAAGCUGCUGCUGGUCAAGUCCAUUUUGGUCGGCAAGCUGGCCAUAUUCCUGCUCAUCAUAUCGGCCAUCAAGAACAGCAACAAAAUGAUGCAGUCCUACGAGGUGGCGCCCUCCUAUUGGGCCAGCGAGCCCAGCCGCAGAUCCGAGCUGGCGGCGGCUGCCUCAUCCGCGUCAGCUGCCUACAAUGGAUACCGAGUGGAGGGCAAACCCACUGCCUGGGUCAACUAGAGACAGGGAGAGAGAGAGGGAGCGGGAAUUAGUGAGAGAGUUUAGACAGCUAGUUGAUUAAACAAACAAAAGACACAAAUUGCAAUAAGUUUCGCAUUAAGUUAUAAAAUAUGAAAAUAAAAUAAAAACAAAUCUGGUG